AUGUCCCUCGACAUUCCCCCCUCUGCGCGCCCGCUGGCCCCCUACAUCCGCAGCCGCCAGGAUGUCCGCCGCAUUCGACAGGCCCUAGCCCUAUACCUCCAGUCUCACAUCGUCUCUACCGACGAUGACUCGACCACCCGUCAAGAGAGCUUGCUCGGCGUCCCAAUCGACCCCUCCGUCGACGUGCCCAAGAUCCCUGCAUCCCUGACCGGCGCGCGGAAAGAGUAUCUGCAAGCUCUGCAAGACAAUGCCAUCGCUCGAAGAGAAUACGACCACUUUUCGCACAAGAUUGCGUCUCGGAAACUGCUCACUCAGAACCACAUCCCCAACCGCCGCCGCAACAGUAUCAGCCCAGCGACUGUCGAAACCCACACGCCGCUAGAAGACUACCUCUUGCUACUCCAGGAGAACCGCCGAUACGAGAAACUGCGGCUUUUCGACCACGCGCUGACCGAUCUGACCAAACAAGUCCCCGCCGACGACGACGUCGCAGUGCCCGAACAAGAUGCCCAUCUUGGCCAAUGGCGACGAAAUGCGUCGACGCGCGAACCGGGAGGAAAUGUGCAGGAAUUGAUAUCGAAGCUAGAGAGAACAGUACUCAAAGCCAAGGUGAAUCUGGCCAGAGAGCAACAUCUACUCGAGGAAUUGAAGGCGCGGCAGCAACAUUCUGAAGGCGGCAGUAUUACCACCCCAGGACAAAGAGCGAUUGCGCUGCAACGCGUGCGUGAUGAAUUAGUGCAAUGGGUAGAAGAAAAACUGGCUACAGCCAACCCGGAAGAGGUGCCAGGGUUUGAAACUGCGUCCGAAAAUGAAGCGACUGACUCUUUGCAUGUCAAAGAGCGCAAGGCGCUGAUUCGGGAGCAGUAUGUCAAAUACGUGCAAGAGCGCAGCACCCUUCUCGAUGCUUUGUCGCUGCUGUCUCAGCCUACAAAAAGUGUCGCUCCGGCGCCAGAACAGGCUGCGAAAAGAUCACCCGACCACCCUACCCCCACGCCGAGCUGGAACUCGGUGGAUUUGUUCGGACCAGUUUCAAACCUACUCCUGCCUGGAUCUACAGUUCAAAAGUCGCUGGCUAUGCAACGCUCGUAUCUGGCCGGGCUUUUGUCCAAGGAAAAAGCCAAUAUCAACCAGACCCUAGAACGCCUCAGUCAUGAAAGUCAUUUACUGCCAGAGUACCCCAUCCUGGCUCGCCAAACCAGAUUCAAGCACAUCACUGCCGACCGCGGCGAUGGAGAGCGCGCUGACGAUCUCAUUGCACACGCACAAGCCUGGGCGUUUGCUGCCGACGCCGCACAGUCCAACGAGAGUGACUACGUGGAGCAGAAGAUCGAACACGGCCAAGACUUGUCUCAGGCAGCCUCGCGGACUCUACAACAAAUAUACGACAUGCUCAACCAGGACAAUCCGGCUACAGUCUCUCACGAUCACGACUCCGACCACGGCGAAGAUAUAUGGACCGCCGCGGCCGAGCCGCGAUCCAAACGGACGCGGCAGAGGGACGACCUGCAGGGGCCGUGGACGCGCCUCAAUGGACGACUUGGAUGA